UGCCGCGGGACCGAAUUUUCAGGCGCCUGAAGAAGAAUAGCAGACGCGCAAAAAGAAGGAGGGGCGGAGCGCCGCCGGCCACACCAAGAUUUCGGUGACCACGGGAGGGGCGGCGUGUCUCCACUGCCUUCUUUCUAGCCAUACGGGCGGCCCGGCAACUCAAGCAGUCCACGGGCGCGGCGGCAACGACUCCGGCGACGACGGCGCGGUAACUCCGGUGACCCCCAUUUUCCCCCCUUUCAAUCUCGAUUUCACUCCUGAUUCGGCUCCCCUCCCCCAGCUCCUAGUCACUUCCUGGCUGUCCUGUAGGGCGUUCCCAUUGUCGGGAGUUGGAUUAGUCAUUUCGUGCUUCUGCUCCGACUCGGGGUCUAGGUUCUAUCUGCAAUCCGAGCGCGGCCGGGAGUUGGAUUAGUCACUCCAAUCCGAGGCCCCGCUUCAUAAAUAAGGGGAGGAGAUCCAGUUAGUGCGGGAAGAACAUGUCUAAGCGUCAGCACUCGCACCUCGACGUCGACCGCACCGGGAAAAGGCCGCGCCGUGUGCCCAAGAAGCACCUCUACCUGGUGCUGGACGACUGGCACAAGGGCUUCAGCAUCCACAAGAUCGACGUGGACGCCUUGCAGGACACCACCACCGACGUCCUGCACCAUGGGUUCCCAGACCCUGCCGCUCUCCGGUUAGCCGCACCGGUGAAACGUCUUCACAUGGACUUUGCCGCCAUGGGCAGCGACAUCUUCAUCACCACCAACCCAUGCUGCCCGCACACUCCCGCCCUCGUGUUCGACACCGAGACGGCCGGGCUCACCAUGGGCCCCCGCCCACCGGUCCGACUCAUCGACACGACCACCUUUACCGUGGCCGGCGGCGGCAUGCUGUACGCGUUGACGCAUCGCCAUGUCCGCGAGCAGCACUCCUUCGAGGCCAUGUCGUGGGCGCCAACAGACAAGGACGAGCCGUGGCCGAGCCCAACCAUGAGGUGGUCCUGGAAAAGCGUGCCCUCGCCGCCACCGUUCGCCAUGGACGACGUAAUCAGCUCUUACGCGCUGCACCCAGACGGGCACACCAUAUUCAUGUCCGCGCAUGACAUACGCUAUCAUCAUCUCCCAAAGGGCACCUUCUCCUUCGACACCAGGACUUCCGAGUGGAGGUUGCAUGGGGAUUGGGCUCUACCGUUCCAAGGACAAGCCUACUACGACGACGGGCUAGACGCAUGGGUCGGGCUUCACAAGGACGGGUACAUCUGCUCAUGUGAAGUCGCCUCCCGCAGCAGCACAAGUGCGGUGGAGCCGGAAUGGAAGGUGACCAAGGAGAAGCUGUUCCACAAGGACCCGGAGAGGCGGCUGGCAUUUGCGAGGCCCAGUCUCACGUACAUGGGCGACGGCAGCUUUUGCCUUGUGGAGUCUGUGCUACGCGAGGGAGUGGAGUUUAAGUGCGCCUUUGGUGACCGUGAUGGCUGUGUGCUCCACAUGAGCACGUUUGGUCUUAAGUAUGAUCGUAGGGGAGAACUGCAAACCACGCGCCGCCACAUUAACUCCUAUGUAGUGUCUAAGCAUCUCCAGACAGUUUCUCCUGUAGUGUUCUGGAUGUAAAGCUAUUUGACAUGUUUUAUGUGAAUCAUGUCUGAGUAAUGUAAGCUAUGUAUUAUAUGUGGGCAGGAUAAAUAGAAAUGAAAAAAGAAGUCCGCUUCUCUUGGCAUUUUUGUGGAA